CGUGCGUGCGCGCGCUGGAGAUGCUGCUGUUGUUACGGAGGAUGCGGAUGCAGUGAUGCAUAAUUCUGCACGAGCGCUAACACGCAUUAUGUAAUGAGCGCGGAUGCCUCGUCCUGUAGGCAGGUGAACGACGGACCUCCAUUGUGCCGCGUCCUCGUCUCUCUCUGGGUUUAACGGAGGCACGGCGUUACGAGGAACGCAGCCUAGCGAGCGCGUCCGAGCAUCGCUAGGCCCGCGUUCGCUGCGUCCGCUCAUCCGCUGUCAGGUGAAGCAGUGUGUGUGUGUGUGACCCGGCUCACUUCCCCUUCAUGCCCGUGUGUGCUGGAGCUGUGGGCGGCGGAGUGAAGCGCUCGAGGCUCCUGGCAUGGGCAGCGUAGGGAGCGGGGCCUCCAGUCAGCGGCCCAUCACGAUGCGCAGCGUGGGCACCCGAACCACCCCGAACGGCCCGCUGGCGGCCGCUCCGCCCCCCGCCUCGGCCCGCCGCCGCCUGGACGACCGCAGCUUCAGCGCCGAGCGCAUCCCCGGCCCCAGCACCAAGACCAAGGGCGUCUCCGCCGACGAGCACAGCUACAACGCCGAGAGGGAGUUCCACGCUAACGCUCGCAACCACGCCGAGGCCGAGCGCGCCGCGGCGCACAACGCCAACCGCCAGCAGACGCUCAACGGAGAGAGGCUGGUGUCCAACGUGGUGUUCGCCAACGGAGCGCGGCGGGAAGGACACCGGCGCGGAGAGAGUCUGGACCUGUGCGGGAACAACAUCGUGCUGAACAACGACAAGAACGGCAGCCAUCAAGCUCGGCCGCCGCCGCCGCCGCCGCACAAGGACAAGAGCAAAGCCAAGCCCGAGAACCACCACCCGCCCAACAUCCUGCCCGUCUCGGGGAAACUCGAGCAUGCUCAGACCAAUGACUCUCUGGUGCGUCCAUCAGCCUUCAAACCCGUGGUGCCCAAGAGCUUUCACUCCAUGCAGAACCUGGUGUGUCCCCUCCAGACGAGCUCGGGGACGGCCGGUCCGGGCGGCGGCGGCGGCGGCGGGGAGAAGGGCGCUCCGAACCAGGACAGUCCCGGGACGCACGGCGGCGCGGGCCGGGCCGGACAGGGCAGUCUGUCGGACUCCGGGAGGAACUCUCUGACCAGUCUGCCCACGUACACGGGCUCCAGCUACGGCCCGCCGCCGGCGCUCGGGCCCCUCAGUGCCUCCACCAGCCACAUCAACCGGCUGGGCACCGUCGCCCUGGACAAACUGGACAAGCCGGGCUACCAGAACGGCCUCAGCGCCUCGGACAGCGGCCGCUCCUCCUCGGGCAAGAGCUCCUCCUCGUACCAGCGCCUCAGUCACCUGAGCGACGCUCCGGCGCCCCUGAGACCGUCUCCGUCCUCCGACGACGUGAUUCAGGACCUGGAGGACCGUCUGUGGGAGAGAGAGCAAGAAGUAAGUGAGGUGAUCCACAUGAGACGUAACCUGGACCAGAGCGAGGCGGCCAUCGUGCAGGUGUUCGAGGAGAAGCAGCGCGUCUGGGAGCGAGAGAUGGAGGAGCUGAGGCAGAACUACGCCGGGCGUCUGCAGCAGGUGACCCGACGGGCCCAGCGCACCCAGCAGGCCCUGCAGGCCCAGAUCGCCCGUCUGCAGCAGGACAAGCGGCGGCUGCAGGACGAGAUGACCCUGCUGCUCGCUCAGAGAGAGGAGCUGGAGAAGAAGUGCUUGGACUUCAGGAAGGAGCAGGCCGAUAUCCUGCCCAGACUCGAGGAGACCAAGUGGGAGGUGUGUCAGAAGGCGGGCGAGAUCUCUUUGCUGAAGCAGCAGCUGCGGGAGAGUCAGGGCGAGGUGACACAGCGGGCCGGGGAGAUGGUGGCCCUCAGGGGUCAGCUGAAGGAUCUCAACGCCCAGCUCAGAGAGCGAGAGGAGGCCGAGAUCAGCCUCAAAGAGUCCUUCUGCACCAAAACCCUGGAGCUGGAGCGCUGUGAGGCUGAGCUGCAGACCAUGCUGGCCGAGGUGACCGUGCUCCGAGACAAGCUGAGCGCGUUCGAGACGGAGGUGUCGCGGCUGAAGAAGGCUCUCAGUGAACUCAGCAGCAGCUCCAGUCGCUCCAGCGAGCCCAGCCUGACCGAUAUGGGUCAGCUGGUGUCGUCCCGCAGCCGAGAGCGUCUUCUGUCCCCUCCGGAGACAACGUCCCUCCCCGCGCUCCCGGCCCCGGACCCGCUGCUCUCGCUGCAGAGCGACGACUCCAAGGCGCAGCGGCAGGAUUCGGGCGACCUGCGGCGUCAGCUGGAGCGACUGCAAGGCGAGCUGCGUCUGGAGCGGCAGCAGCGAGAGCGGCAGGCGCUCACCUUCGCCCAGGAGCGCCAGACCUGGCAGGACGAGAAGGAGCGGGUGCUGAAGUACCAGGCGCAGCUGCAGCUCAGCUACGUGGAGAUGCUGCAGAAGAACCAGGCUCUGGAGGAGCGCGUGGACAAGCUGGGAGCCCAGAUGGCCCCGCCGUCGCCCGCCUCGCCCCCGCCCGAGCCCCCCGUGUCCGUCUCCAUCUCGCUGACCUCUCCCACCCCGCCGGCGGAGGACAAGAAGCUGCCCGAGAUGCACCAGCUGGCUCCGCCGUGGCCCGUGCCGACCCGACUGGAGAGGAUCGAGUCGACGGAGAUCUAAUGCGUCCCCGAUUACAACUGCAUUCAGUACAAUCCAAAAACUGAACCGCUUCCGAGGACUGUCCAAGGAUGCCCUGCUUGUCUGGGGCAGGUGUGUGGGUUGAGGGCAGGUUCGUUGGGUAGUGACGAGCGUGUGUGUGUGUGUGUGUGUGUGUGUGUGUGUGGCCUUAACAAGAGGAGGUCAGUCGCCAAGCGGAAAACACUCAGGGGUUAAAGGGGUUUAUUCACGGACUGUUUCAGCUUUGUGUUUUUACAGGCGCGAGGGUUUAGGCGAUUUAAGUGUCACCAUCUUUCCUAGAUGCUCACACGCUGAUGGCAUCUUCUGUGCUCUGCAGCCUUCAAACAAUCAAAACUAGAGUUACCGGGCUCGAACCGCAGGGAGGUGAAGAUCUCGCGCGGUGCUCAGAUGCUCAGCCAUCACGUUUAGGACCAAAUCUUAGUGCCAGUCUCGAGAGUGUUUGUGUCGGUGUUCGUCGGGCCGCAGAAACGUACUCUACGCAAGCACACAAGCGUGCGGAAACACAGACUGAAACAGAAAGCUCGUUUAAUUGAUCGAAAAAUGUGCAAUAUUAUUAGAAAUUAAAAUAGGCGUCUCCUUUAUGCAUAUCUGUUGAACUCUAAUUUAUUUCUGUGAUCAAAGCUGAAUUUUAUGCAUCGUCACUCUAGCCUUCAGUGUCACAUUAUCCUUCACAAAUCAAAAAGUAAUUUUGCAUGAAUGUUUUUGAGAUAGGACAGCUUGUAGCAAAACUACACCCAACGACAAACUGCAUCCAGCUGACGAACGUAAUGAUUUGUAGCAAAAACGCGGUUCUUAAAUGAAAGUCAUCGCGUGUAGCCAUUUCUAAAAGUGUUACUCAAAAAUAUUUUGUUGCUAUUAAUUUCAACAUAUCUAUCCAUAUCCAGAUCUCAUCUAGUGCUUUUUUAAGUCAGCCGACGCAGAUAUUUCAGUUUAAAUGACAUGCAAUAUUAGAUAUUUUAAAAUUCGUUUUUAAUUACUCAUCAGAACCGUGUAAUCGAUUUAAAUCACACUUAAUAUUACUGAUGUAAAAAAAGGGACCUUCAGUUCGAUAUAAAGUUGAUUAUUAUGUCAACGGUUUUCAUUUUCAUGGAAACCACGAUCGUUUUAUUUUUAGGAUUGGCCAGUUAGAAGGUGGGACGUUAUAAAUGUCUUUACUUUUGAUCGAUCAAAGUAUUAAAUCCUACCGACCCCGAGCUUUGGAGCGCCGUGUGCUGGAGUAGAGUAUGUUCGGGGCCCGCUGCGGGACAGAGGAGCGCUCAACCCUCCUGCUCUAUUGCCCAAAGCAGCGGCGGAGGACGUGUAUUCAUCUCAACUCAGAACGUACUGUAUCACCUGAAUGUUGUUUUUGCCCUUUUCUAUGUUUUGAGCAAUGUAGAGUAAACUAGAAGGAGAGGUCGAGAUUGAAAAAACGAGUCAAUAUGUUAGCGCACUCGACGCUUCGGUCUCAGACCAUCCUGCUUCUCCACCGAGGACCCGGAUCUGAACGAGGUUUGGUUGAUGAAGCUGCUCGACCGACGGACAGCGGCUGAGCCAAAACUGCGCAGAGCCUCCACUUAGUCAACGGAUUAUAUUCGAAUACGACUUGACAUUCUUCCAAAACGAGCGUAUAGUAUGUGUCGAUGUAUACUUGCCGAAAGUAUCGUUUAGAAUAUCUGACUUUAAAAAAAUGUCAUAUGCAGUAGAUUGAAGUGAUGAUUUAAGUGUGUGGAAGUAAGUGCACGGAGAUCACGUGGAAUAUUUGAAGGGUUUGUGAAGACUGAAAUGUGUGCUGGGUGAAGAGCGAGACGGCGGUACGACACGUGUGUGUGUGUGUGUGUGUGUGUGUGUGUGUGUGUGUGUGUGUGUGUGUGUGUGUGUGUGUGUGUGUGUGUGUGUGUGUGUGUGUGUGUGUGUGUGCGUGUGUGUGUGUGUGUGUGUGUGUGUGCGUGUGUGUGUGUGUAUGUGUGUCUUACACGACUGAGCACACUGCUCCUGCUCCGCUCUUUCCCACAAUGCAAUGUGUGUGGAGAGACUUUGCAUUGACCGUGCGAUGAACGAAUCAGAAUCUCAAUUCUUGCCUUUUUGAGUUUAGAUCUUGCUGAUCUUGCAAUUCUGGGACAAAGAAGAAGUAAAAGAUAUAAAGUCAUUAUUGCAAGAUGUUUAUAUUAGACUUGCAAUAAACUUAAUUGCAACUUUUUAGCUACUUAUAUCAGUUUCCUUGCGAUUCUUUUCGUAAAAUCUCAACACGUGAAGUCAGAAUUGUGAGAUAUCAAUUACAAAUGUGAAAAUGGAUCGAUACGGUUCUGACUGACUUGAGCGUUAUGACUGGGAUAUAAAGUGAUCAGAUAUAUCUGAGAGAUAUAAACUUGCAGUUUGUGAGAAUUGAGAAGUCGUUACUGCGAGGUAUAAACUAAAAAUGUGAUUUAUAAAAUAGCCGUACUUAUUUUUAUUUGCAAUUCUAGCAAUUUUGACUUUUUCAUCGUACAAUUCUGAUUGAAAAAAUUUGCAAAAUGGAGAAAAAAAGUCAGAACUCUGAGAAAAUAUCUCAAAAUUCUGACUUUUUUCCUCCGUUUAAAAUAGCCAUAUUAAUUUUUAUUGACUUUUUAAUCUUACAGUUCGGAUAAAAAUGGUCCAAGAUGGAAGAAAAAAGUUUGAGUUAUAAAUUCAGAAAAAUAGCGAAGGUAAAAAUGACUUUAUAUCUUAAAAUUCUGACUUUUGUUCCCCUUUGCAUGUUCUUAUCUCGCAAUCAGACUCUUUUCUUGCAAUUCUGAGAAAAAAAUAUAUAAAACAUAAUUCAGAGAUAAGCUUGUUUCUGCCACGGAAUAAACGAUACCCUUUAUAUUUUAACCUCAAAAUCCUUAUUUUUUUUCUCACAAUUACACGUUUGUAUUUAUAUAAAAAAAUUCAGCAUUGAAUUUUAAAAAUGUAAAAAAUCGCACUUAACUUUUUUAUGCCUUUAUUCUGUUGCAGAAGUAAGCGUCCGCAGAAUGCCACGCUGCUGUGUGCAUCUUUUGAAUAAGAAACUAUUGUAUUUUGACCAAUUUAAUACCAAUCUGUGUGAAAGUAGCAUCUAAUCAAAUCAAGAAGGAUGGAAUGAUGAUGAUUCCUUCGUCGCACUGGAAACAGUCAGGUGUGCAGCGUGCUCUCUCUCUGUCUCUCUCUCUCUGUCUCUCUCUCUCUCUCUCUCUCUCUCUCUCUCUCUCUCUCUCUCUCUCUCUCUGUAUCUCUCUCUCUCUCUCUCUCUCUCUCUCUCUCUCUCUCUCU